AUGCCCGAGAGGGAUAUUGUUUCUUUGACUUGUUUGAUUGAUGGGUACAUUAGGAAUAAAUGGGUUAAUAAAGCUAGGUCUAUGUUUAAUAAGAUGCCCGAGAAGAAUGUGGUUUCUUGGACUGUGAUGAUUAAUGGAUACGUGCAACAUGAAAGGUUUCGGGAGGCGUUGAAGCUAUUUGUUUUGAUGCUAAGAUGUGGUACGAGGCCUAAUCAGUUUACGUUUUCUAAUGUAUUGGAUGCAUGUGCUGGUAAUAUUGAUGCUGCAUUUAGCAUAUUCAAGUCCAUGCAGAAUAAGAAUUUGGUGUCAUGGAAUUCUUUGAUAGCCGGUUAUGCAAGACAAGGGCUUGGAACAAGAGCAUUGCAGGAAUUUAAUAGAAUGCUUAGCAACGGUGUCACUCCAAAUCAGGUUACGAUUUUUAAUGUUCUGUUAGCAUGCAGGGGCAGUGGAUUGGUCGAAGAAGGUGAAAGACACUUCAACUCCAUGAACCACAAGUAUGGAAUACAACCAGGGUUGGAGCAUUAUGCUUGUAUGAUGGAGACCUAUGGGAAAGCAGGUCAUAUGGGUAAAGCUGAGACCUUGAUCAAGGAGAUGCUUUCCAAGUUUGAUGUGGUUUGGAACCUCCAGAAUUUGCCACAGAGUUUUUUAAAAUUGAAAAGGGAUUAUCGUGCAGUUUAUUCAGCGUUUAGAAAGAUACAUGGUGAAACGGGGAACGCUGCAACUGAAUUGAAGCACUUGAAGUAG